UCAGAGGUUCUCGACAUGGAUCCAGAUUAUGCAGAACAGAAGUCUCCAUAGAAAGACCUGGUCCCUGUAUCGGUCUGACAGCUAGUCUCUGACUCCUCACAGCUACUUCCUGCACAGAACCGAUCCGAGCCGAGCUACCGCCAGGAUGUUCCCGAGCCUGGCCCACAGACCAUGGCACGUCUUCUGCAGGGUCUCCAUGCAGCACAGGGCCCCCCUGUCUCAACGGACCCCGAGGUUCCCCCAGCCGACCUACGGUUGUCAGAGUGGAGGGAUUCACAGUCUGUGGUUCAGCUUCCCAGACUGUCGCGUCACGGCGCUGGCGCUCGGUAAGGUUCACUUCUACUCGACGUCGGGGAGCGGUAAAGACGGUCCUCCAACACCUGCAGCAGGUGAAGCUCCGUCAGCAGAGAAGGUGUUGUCUGCUGCAGCAGGCUCCUCCCCUAAAGGCCUGACUAAAGCCGAGACCAUCCAUGUGAAAGUUCGUGCGGUCCUGAAGAAACGAGAAUACGGAGCCAAAUACACUCAGAACAACUUCAUCACGGCGGUCCGAGCCAUGAACGAGUUCUGCCUUAAACCCAGUGACCUCGAGCAGCUUCGUAAGAUCAGACGGCGGAGCCCCCACGACGACACGGAGGCUUUCACCGUGUUUCUGCGCUCCGACGUGGAGGCCAAAGCCAUCGACGUCUGGGGGAGCCACGAAGCUUUGGCCCGAGAGAGAAACCUCAGGAAGGAGGUGGAGAAGGAAUACCAAGAGAAUAUUUUCCGGAACCAGCAGCUGCUGAAGGAAUACAAAGACUUCUGGGGAAACACCAAGCCUCGAUCAGGGCAGAGGGCCACUUUUCUCCAGGGGCCGGGGAAGGUGGUGAUGGUCGCUAUCUGCAUCAACGGGCUGAACUUCUUCUUCAAGCUGCUGGCGUGGGUCUACACGGGCUCAGCCAGCAUGUUCUCAGAGGCCAUCCACUCUCUGGCCGACACCUGCAACCAGGCUCUGCUCGCACUCGGGAUCAGCCAGUCGGUCCGCAACCCUGACGCCGUGCACCCGUACGGCUUCUCCAACAUGCGCUACAUCGCCUCGCUCAUCAGCGGCGUGGGGAUCUUCAUGAUGGGAGCUGGCCUCUCCUGGUACCAUGGCAUCAUGGGACUGCUGCACCCUGAACCCAUGGAGUCUCUGUUGUGGGCGUACUGUAUUCUAGCGGGUUCUCUGGUGUCUGAAGGAGCCACGCUACUCGUAGCCAUCAACGAGAUCAAGAAGAGCGCCCGGCAGCAGGAAGUGUCUUUUUAUGAAUACGUGAUGCAGAGUCGAGACCCCAGCACCAACGUGGUGCUGCUGGAGGACGCCGCCGCCGUCUUAGGAGUCAUCAUGGCGGCCGGGUGCAUGGGGCUCACCUCUCUCACUGGUAACCCUCACUACGACAGUCUGGGCUCUCUGGGCGUCGGCACGCUGCUGGGCUGCGUCUCCGCCUUCCUCAUCUACUCCAACACGGAGGCUCUGCUGGGACGCUCCAUCCAGCCCGAGCGUGUGCAGAAGCUGACCGAGUUCCUGGAGAACGACCCCGCUGUAAGGGCGAUCCACGACGUGAAGGCCACGGACAUCGGGCUGAGUAAAGUGCGCUUCAAGGCCGAGGUCGACUUCGAUGGUCGAGUGGUGACGCGCUCUUAUCUGGAGAAACAAGACAUCGACCAAAUCCUCAACGACAUCCAGCAGGUGAAAACCCCCGAGGAGCUCGAGAGCUUCAUGCUGAAACACGGAGAGAACAUCAUCGACACGCUGGGCGCCGAGGUCGACCGCCUGGAGAAAGAACUCAAGCAACGGAACCCGGAGGUUCGUCAUGUAGACCUGGAGAUUCUCUGAGAGGACGCCACGCUGGAACCCGGAGGAGGUGAAAGGACGGCCUUCGUCUGCCCCCCCCCCCGUCCCCGCCAUCACACAACGCCAUCUCUGCACGAGUCGUCUUACUGUAGAUAUAUUACCCCGGACACACGAGGAGACCCAGACCUGCAGGAUCCAGAUCC